AUGAAUCAUAAGAAAGCGUUUCACAACCGGUUCGCGCAGCUCACCGUGUUUGAAGCGGAGGUUCGGCACGAACCGGAGGUUUGGGCCGAAGCAGAGGCUCGGCGCGAAACCGCUGGGGGGACGACAGGCGGAGAGAGCAGCGGAAUGGCGGCAGGAGAAGGCGGAAUGGCUGGGGGACCGGGCGGAGACGGCGGAAAGGGGGGGGGGCAGCAAGGGGGGCAGCAAGGGGAACAACAAGGGAAGCCGCAAGGGGACCAGCAGCAAGGGGGGCAGAACCAAGGGGGGUCCGGGCGGGCAGAACCGACAAAAACGACACUGCGGCUGUUGUCGUUUCUGGAGGACGACGAUUCGAUCCACAGGUCGCAGUGGGAGGGGUGGGGCGAGGCGGAAUAUAGCGACCUCUUCUCUCAGAGUGUGUUUAAGGUGCAGUGCCACGUCUGGCCCACCCACGACGCUUAUAUGCAGACCCUCGAACCUGCUUAUAUUGUGGACGCGGUCGCCAAUAACAGUUACCUGUGGCAUAACGUCAUCGAGUGCCCACUGCCACUAUACACCGAGCUUAUGACUGGUAAUGAGACCGUUUCAAGUGAACCAGCCAGCUCCGCUGCUCCUCCCUCUGAUCCCUCUGCGGCUCCUGCGUCCGAGAGCGGUCGAGAGCGGUUGGGAACGGCGGAGGGGAGGCGGUGGGCGGUGCAUCACUGGCAGCAGGUGCAGGUGCAGCUGAUGGCGGCAGAAGAUGGGGCAGACCUGCGCAUGCCCCCGCUGCUGCUGUGCCGCGCUGACAGCGACAAACACACCCUCGCCUCCUCCCCUCUCUCCCUCUCCCUGACUUCUUCUCGCCACACUGCUGCCGCUGCUGCUACGGCCCAGACCAUCCCUGUCUCCUUCCCUCCGCCGUUUCCGUUUGCAGCAAAGGAAAAGGAAUUGGCUGCUCUGGCUGUUGCCGGGGCUGCUGCUGAGGUCGCUGCUGCUGCUGCUGCGAAGGGUGCUAAGGGUGGCUCUGGAGGUUCGGCAGGCUCGAAGGGCGCUGCAGGCUUGGGAAGUGGCUCGGAGCUGGCUCGGUUCAUGGCCGAGGCAGAGGCGAACAGCACAGAUAAAAAUUAUGGUGGGGAAGUGCUGAGUUCCGAGGACCUGCUCGUGAACUAUGAGGACGCAGCUACUAACGAGUACGAGGAAAGCAGCAGCAGCAGCAGCAGCAGCAGCAGCAGGAGGAGGAGGAGUGCGGGCAUGGGAGCAGUGAGCAUCUGUCUGCGGCCGGUGCACAAGCGGCAGAUGUUCUCAGACAACGUUGCUGUCUCAGACACACGAUUGCUCGAGUGGAUCGACGCGUGUCUGCUGAUGGGAGUGGAUCGCAUCUAUGCGUACGACCGCUACUCCACGCACAUACGCGCGCUGCUCUGGGAGUAUAUUGCCCGAGGGCAGGUGGUGCACGUGCCGUUCCCCAACUGGAGCGAGGUGUUCUUUAGGCAGGCCCACUACGACGGCAAGGCCAAGAAGCCCUACGCGUUCCCAGACAUAUACGACCAAGUAAUAGCAUUCGAGCACUGCAUGAUGCUGGGGCGGAGGUUCGGCGACAGGUGGCAGCUGCAGAUAGACAGUGACGAGUUCAUCUGGUACCACCCCCAGGCGGGGGGGUUCCUGAAGCCGCUUCUCGCCAGGAUAGAGGUCAACCACGCCAAGGCACCAGGCAGCAAGCAGCCUCUCCGGGCGAUUCUGAUGAGGCGGUUCAACUUCUGGGGAGUGACCAAGGAGUCGCGGGGGGAUCCGGUUUCUGACAGGCUGCUGUGGCGGUGCAGUGAGCCCAUGUGGCACACCAAGGCGUGGGUCGGCUGGCACGACAAGGUGGCCGUCAACCCACAGACCAUCCUUCCAUA